AUGUGUGAUGCCAGUGACCUUGCCAUAGGUGCUGUCCUUGGUCAGCGGAGAGGUAAGCUUCCAUUUGUGAUUUAUUAUGCAAGCAAAACACUUGAUGCAGCUCAAAAAAAUUACUCCACCACUGAAAAGGAGUUACUAGCAGUUGUUUUUGCUUUGGAUAAAUUUAGAGCUUACAUUUUAGGCUCUCCAAUUGUUAUAUUCACUGACCAUGCAGCUCUUAAAUAUUUGCUCACAAAGAAAGAUGCCAAAACUCGACUAAUUAGAUGGAUUUUGUUAUUACAGGAAUUUAAUAUCAGCAUCAAGGAUAAAAAGGGAGUAGAAAAUGACACACCCCACCACAUUGGAGCUCUCAAGACAUCAAAAGGUUUAAAUUGGAGGACAACUUUUAAAACUGUCCUAGGCAUGUCUCCCUAUCGUUUGGUUUACGGUAAAGCAUGCCAUCUCGCUAUUGAGCUAGAACACAAGGCUUAUUGGGCUGUCAAGCACUUUAACUUUUCUACUAACAAUUCUGGUGUUUUAAGAAAAUUGGAGCUGAAUGAAUUAGAAGAGUUGAGACAGGAUGCCUACGAUAAUGCCAAACUUUACAAGGAGAGAACUAAGGUUUUCCACGACAAGCACAUUUUGAAAAAGAGUUUUCUCCUCAAUCAAAAGGCUCUCCUCUACAACUCUAGACUCCAUGUGUUUGCCGGUAAACUUCGAUCCAAAUGGAGUGGUCCUUAUAUUGUUCAGACAGUGUUUCCUCAUGGGGCUGUUGAAAUCCUUAAUCCACACAAUGGUAAUAUUUUUAAGGUUAAUGGACAGCGACUCAAACAUUUUCUUGACUAUUUUUCACCAGAGGAUACCACCAUCCAUCUAUUGGACCCUGACCCUCCAACCGAGCCUUGA